AAUCAGAAAGAAUCAGAUCCGAAUGUAAAUAUAAAGCUAGUUGGAACUUAAUUGGAAAGGUAAAUGAGGAGGCUACCUAUGGCACCAAGCAACAUAAAUUCUCCAACUCCGGCUCUGGCUCCCAAAUCGAAGCAGCAGAAAAGAAAGGGGAUGAUGAGAAGGUUAAAACCAAGACUUAGAAAGUUGAAGGAACAGAUGGAAGAGAUUGGUAAUCAGCAAAAAUGCAUCAAGGAGGAGCAGAGAAAAGUUAGACAGAAGUUUAAAAUGAUUGAAUCCCAAUGUCAGCACCUCAAGAAGGAAACUCAGCUCAUUUCCCAGCAGAGUGCGGCGACACGUUUUCAGCUUGCCCUUCUCUUUCAAAUCCUCAAGGCUAGAGAAGACAAUGAUUUCAACAAAGCUAAUGACAUUACUCGCUCUCUCCGUGAGUUCAUGAUCGCGAAGAACAACACAAAAUGGUCGAUGCAUGGACAUUGAAUCUCCAAGGGAAUGCUAAUUAAUUACAGGAAAUUUGGAUAUCAAUUGCAUCUAUGUACCGCGAGUUGUUUGUUCUUGUGUUGUUUGAAUGGUUGAUUUUCUAUUUGUGAUUGUAAGGCUUCAACUAUCUCUUGUUCUCACAAGGGUAAAAUUUAUUUUUGUCUUCCAUAAGAAAAAAAAAAGUGCUGC